UCCCGCCCCCGGGCGGUGCCCGGUGCCGUCCCGCCCCGUUGGUGAGCGGCGGGCGCGGGGAGCCGGGCGGCGGUGGAGCUCCUGGUCGCGCCAUGCUGCCCGCCGUGCUCCGGAGGUGGCUGCGUCGGCCCAAGCGCUCAGACCCCCGGCUGCUCUCCCAGUUCUUCUUCGCCGAUGAGCGGGUGACGCGGGUGGUGGCCGAGAUCAACGGGCUGGACGCUGAGCUGGACCCACAGCAGUACCUGGUGCUCCUCAACCAGCUCCACCUGAGCCAGGCUCAGCUGCUGGCCGUCAUUGAGCGCAUCAUGGAGGAGUGCAUCCCCGCGCAGAGACACAGCCGUGAUUACCUCGUCAAGUUCCCCGAGGAGCUCUUGGUGGACAACCUGGGGAACCACAUGCUGUUUGCUGCCGAGUGCCUUCUGGCAGGGACCUUCCUUGAGCUGGAGGAGGCGGAGGGGGCACAGCUGAGGCCGCGUGCCAGGAACCUGCUGUGCAGCCUGGAGCUGGUGCGGGCGCUGCUGCGGGAGCAGAGCCUGAGCCAGCCCGGCACAUACCCUGAGCCUGUGCGGGCUGCACUCGUCCAGUUUGAUCGUCUGUUUGCUGAGUUUGAGCUCAGCUACGUGUCCUCGCUGGUGGCAGUGAAAUCCCCCGAUGAGAUCUACAGGCAGCAGGAGAUCAUCGUGCUCUUCUGUGAGACAGUGGAGAGAGCCCUGCGCUUGGGCUACCUGACCCAGGAGAUGAUUGAUGGCUACGAACCGCUGCUGAUGUUCACCAUCCCUCGUCUGGCCAUCAUCAGUGGUCUCCUCAUCUACCCUGAGGGUCCCCUCAGCCUGGAACGCAGCCCUGAGCAGAUGUCACGGGUGUUCAGCCCCUUCUACAACCUGCUGAUGAAGAUCAGGGAUCUGCUGCGGGUGCUGUCAGCAGAGGAGCUGUGCCUGCUGGAGAGGAGCCUUUGUGCAGCCGAAGCAGAGGAUCCCUGCGGCUCAGUCACCCCACCAGCAUGGGGGGAAGCAGUGCCCAGAGUGGCCCCCCCUUCUCCAUGGGGUCUCCUGGACAACCCGUGCACAGAGAGCCCCCAGCACCCCCCAGGGCCAUGGCUGGAGGCCACACCAGGUUCCCGCUGCUCAGAGCUGCGCUCCCACUACAGCAGCACCAGGGACAUGCUGCACACCCUCUUCGUCUGCAUCUCCGGGGUGGCUGAUCAGCUCCAGACCAACUUUGCCAGUGACCUGCGCUGCAUCCUGAAAACAGUCUUCAAGAUCGUGGCCUCUCCAGCAGAAACCUCAGAGGAGCCAGGAGGCAGCAAGGAUGAGGAUGUGCCCCGUGUGGCUGACUGCCCCCUGUGCCCCAGCCCCAGAGAUGCCACCGGGCUGCAGAGGGCAGCCGGAGCGCACAGACGGCCCGAGUGGGUUCCGGACAGCAGCUGCAGCCACUGCUCCGCCUGCCGCGCUCCGUUCACUUUGCUGCGCCGCCGCCACCACUGCCGGAGCUGCGGGAAGAUCUUCUGCUCCCGCUGCUCCCCGCACAGCGCCGCGCUGCCCCAUUGCGGCCAGCCCCGACCCGUCCGUGUGUGCACGCACUGCCACGCCGCGCACCUCCCGGCCUGGCGUGUCCGCACCCGCUGAGCGGCCCCGGCUGCGGGACGAGGCCGUGGGGCUGCUGGGCACAGCCCGCACCCGCGGGGCCGGGUGGCCGCCGGAGCGCGCAGCCCGUGCCCGCACAGCCCGGGGCUGGACACGGGGCUGGACACGGGGCUGGACACGGGGCUGGACACGGGGCUGCAUCGCGGCUCGUCGCGGUUCUGCCCCGCCGUGUGUUUGCAGCUGAACUUCGGCUGCUGCUGGGAUCGGGCAGAGCCGCCCCCCGCGCUGACUGUCCUGAGAAGGGCGCAAACAGCCUCACGUGACCGCACUGCCCGGGGGCGACGAGCACCGGGACCGGCGGGGUGUGGGGGUGGGGUACAGAACCGGAGGGACCUUAAUAAAGACGUGAUGGAACCGGUGGAACCGA